CACACAGCAACAGACUGUAGAGUGCUGUCAACUACUGUGGAUCUAUCUGCCCUCCUAGCAGGCAUUUUUCUUUCUCUGAAAACUGAGGCUCAGAAGAGACAGAAUGGAGAUGGAGCCGACUGUGGGUCCUUAUGAGUACUACGACUACGAGGAGACAGAAAACUCCACCAUGUGCGACUAUUCCGAGUGGACGCCGUCAUACUCUGUCAUCCCGGUGCUCUACAUGCUCAUCUUCAUCCUGGGCCUCUCUGGAAACGGCGUGGUCAUCUUCACGGUGUGGCGGGCUCAAGGCAAGCGGCGAGCGGCUGACGUCUACAUCGGGAACCUGGCGCUGGCCGACCUCACCUUUGUGGUCACUCUGCCCCUGUGGGCCAUUUACACCGCCAUGGGCUACCACUGGCCCUUCGGAGUGGCCCUGUGCAAGAUCAGCAGCUACGUGGUGCUGCUCAACAUGUACGCCAGCGUCUUCUGCCUCACCUGCAUGAGCUUCGACCGCUACCUGGCCAUCGUCCACUCACUGUCCAGCACCCAGCUGCGAACACGUGGCCACAUACGAGGCUCCCUGACGGCCAUCUGGCUGCUGUCCGGCCUCCUGGCUGCACCGACCCUCGUCUUCCGCACCACCAAGUACGACCCAGAAACCGACCGCACCUCCUGCGCCAUGGACUUCAGCCUGGUGGUGACAAGCAAAGACCAGGAGAACCUGUGGAUCGCCGGCCUCAGCAUCUCCUCUUCGGCUCUGGGCUUCCUCCUGCCCUUCCUGGCGAUGAUGGUUUGCUACGGCUUCAUCGGCUGCACCGUCACCCGCCACUUCAACACUCUGCGCAAAGAGGACCAGCGGAAGAGGCGGCUGCUGAAGAUCAUCACCACGCUGGUCGUGGUGUUCGCCGCCUGCUGGAUGCCCUUCCACGUGGUGAAGAGCGCCGACGCCCUCUCCUACCUGGAGCUCUUCCCCGCCACCUGUGCCUUCCUGCGCUUCCUGCUGCUGGCUCACCCCUACGCCACCUGCCUGGCCUAUGUCAACAGCUGCCUCAACCCCUUCCUGUACGCCUUCUUCGACCUGCGCUUCAGAUCCCAGUGCCUGUGCCUCCUCAACCUGAAGAAGUUCUUGCACUCCAGCCCGGCCAGCUCCUUGUCCUCGCAGAAGACGGAGGCUCAGUCUCUGGCCACCAAGGUGUGACUGAAGGCCCACAGGUGAGCCGGGGAGGAGGUGGACGAUGCAGAACAAUGCAGGUAAAACUCUGCAGCACUGGGUGCUUGCUCACAGAUCGUCUGCAAUCUGUUUCAGGAUAUCAUCUUUGCUCCCCUUUGACUCUGUGGACUACAGGCUGGAAAAACCUUUUGGGCUCUGAAACUCCAGCCUCAACUUUCAUGAGCAGGGAAGCAAAACUUGAACAAAAGGGGACCAGAGUUAAAAGUGACUUUUUUUGUGUGGGAAACAGUGGAAUGUAUCUGGGCUGUCCUGUGGACUGUGUGCAAAGCCAAUGAACUCUUGAAAUCCUGUCCUCAAGUCCUGGUGAAGUGUGUCACUCAUGCAUUUGCGCCUGCUGUUCUUGUUAUCAUUAGUAAGCACUUGAGGCAUGAUAUCUAGACUGGCAGACAACCAGACUGCUCUCCAGAUCAGUGUGUAGUAUCUGCAGCACAUCUGGCAGUGCUACAAGUCAGGAGGGGUGUGCCAGCCAUCGAGAGGUGUUGAGUCUGAUAAAAGUGCUGUGAUGAGUGUGUGUGUGUGUGUGUGUGUGUGUGUGUGUGUGUGUGUGUGUGUGUGUGUGUGUGUGUGUGUGUGUGUGUGUGUGUGUGUGUGUGGUGUGUGUGUGUGUGUGUGUGUGUGUGUGUUGGGGGGGUUUGGGCAGACAGAGCAGACAGACAGACAGAUGGCAGCUGACAAAAGUUUUCAGGUUGGUGAAAAGCCCAAUUAAAAGGUGACUGUUUUGACAGCGUCUGUGUGUGUGUGAAGGAAUGAAUUUGUAUGUCGAGUGUCGGAAUAUCAACGAAUUGACAUGAAAGCAUUUUGUGAAUACAUUUUUUUUUUGAAUCCAUGUCUAUGAUUUUGUAAUAAAAAAGAAAAAAGGUGCUCUGAAGAAACAA